GGGCUGGACCAGCCCAUCUUCUUCUCCUCCUGCUGGCAAAGCCCUUGGCCUCUCCACCUCCUUUCCCUCCAUCUUGGCAAGGCCUUCUGAGGGUGGCAGGUGUCAGGAAGAAGACCCCAUGGGCUUUGUUUUAAGAAGUCUAGUCUAGUGGGGGCCGGUGGAGGGGGAGCCCUGGGCCCAUAGACCAGGUGUUGGAGCGGAUUGACUUUAGGCGUGAAGAUGGCAAGAAAUUGCAUUUUGAGCACAUCUGAGUUGCUAACAUGGCAAACAGCUCUACGAAGGCGCCAGUAGCCAAUAGAAGUCUAGAACUGGGCUAGGGCUGGGGGUGGCAGGAAGAGGCAGGAAGUAGGUGUGCAGAGACUGGAGGUGGUGCUAGAGAGUGGGGCAGGGACCCUCCCAGGAGAGAAGGUCAUCAGGGACAGACUCCAGGGGAUACUGAGACGAGGGGCCAGAGCAAGGAGAGGGGAGACCUCAUCACAUCAGCCAUACGCUCCCAAAAGAUGGCACUGCUGUUCUCCUAAUUAAGGAAAUUAGGAAGUAACUGAAGAAAAAAAAUUAAGGGAAGUAGAUGAGAGAAACUAUAAAGGAUUAAUUUGGAGAAAUAGAAGGCAGGUUGACUCUGAGCUCAGUUCCAGUCCCUGGAGGGCAGCGGACACCAGCCGAGCACCACGGAGACAACCCAGGCAGGUGAGACAUGUGGCUGCUCCCUGUUCUGCUCCUUCUGGUCAUCCAAGGCCACUUCUCCAUCUGCCAGGAGAGAACGGUGAGAGGCACAGAGGGGGGCAACCUGACGGUAAACUGUGGGUAUGGCCGAGGAUGGGAGUCCUACAAGAAGUGGUGGUGCCGUGGUGAUGACUGGGAUUCUUGCAGAAUCAUUGUUAAAACCACCGGGUCAGAGAAACUGGUGAAGAAGGGCAGAGCGUCGAUCCAGGACAAUCACAGCCGACACAAGUUCACCAUGACCUUGGAGCGUCUCCAGUAUGACGACGCAGACACAUACUGGUGUGGGAUAGAGAAAAUAGGAAAUGACAUUGGGUUCAAAUUCUACGUGGCUGUCGACCCAGCACCGGAUCCAACAGAUUUUCCCAAGCCUGUGGGAAGACCCACACCAGCCAGCUGGGAUUCCUCAUUUCCACUUACCCAGGGCAUCACCAGCAACCAGCCCGUGGCUCUGAUCAACCCCAAUGGCAGGUCAGGAGCCCUGGCCUCCACGGUAGCAGCCAAGAAGCCUCCUGCGUGGAUCGUCCUGGUGCCUCUUUUCCUUGUGACCCUGCAGUGGCUCUGCCGAGGAUAACGGACUAUCACAGCGUUCAGGACUCUGGCCAAGGAUGGGUUUUAAAAUCCCAGACCUACCAGUAACUAUGGAACCAGAAUUAAACCAAAAAGCUUCCGAGUGUUGCACGUGGUCGGAGACCCUGAUGGGCCAGGUGUUUCAGCUGCCGCUGUGUCCGUGUCUCCUGGAGGAUGAAUUGCCUGAACGUAAGACUGAAGACAAGGUUGGACCAUCCCCGACCUGCAUCCCAUCUGUUUGCUCUGCACGUUUCCUAUUAAAUCUAUGGCUUUCCUGGGCUCUUUUGAGAUGAUUUCA